GAGCACAACUCCGCUCGGUGGUUACAGAGAGGUUAGCCCAGCUCAGGGGGAUGAGCCAGCGGGACCGGGCGGUCAGACGACGGGUCAGUUUUAACCACCUUUUCCCUUGUUGGAUAGCCUCGUUCUCGAGCCUGAAAGCGUCAACUUUACUGAAGACACCGGAGUGAAGAGCGGACGCUACACAGAAGAGUUGUGAAGUGGAAUUCUGGGAAACGUCACCUUAACCGGCAGCUCAGAGGGAGAGACAUUUACAGGUACAUAUGGGGCAAGGAGAGGCUUCUGCAAGAGGCACAGCCAUGGAGGGGGACUGCCUCAGCUGCAUCAAGUACCUCAUGUUCAUCUUCAACUUCUUCAUAUUUCUUGGUGGUGCUUUUCUGCUUGGAGUGGGUAUCUGGGUGCUGGUGGAUCCUACAGGCUUCAGGGAGAUCGUAGCAGCAAACCCACUGCUCUUCACUGGUGUCUAUGUGAUCCUGGCUAUGGGUGGCAUGCUCUUUCUGCUGGGCUUCCUGGGCUGCUGCGGAGCAAUACGGGAAAAUAAGUGUCUGCUACUGUUCUUCUUUCUGCUCAUCCUUAUCAUAUUCCUGGCAGAGCUGGCCGCUGCCAUUUUGGCCUUCAUAUUCCGGGAGCAUCUCACCAGGGAAUACUUCACCAAGGAACUGAAAGCUUAUUACCAAGGCAGUAACAGCAGUGACGUCUUUACCGCCACUUGGAAUACCAUCAUGACCUCCUUUGAAUGUUGUGGGGUGAACGGCGCGGAGGACUUUGAUCAGUACAGCCUCUUCAAACGCCUCAACCCCAGCGCUGUGGUGCCUGAAGCCUGUUGCCAGAGGAAUCUAUUAACCAACAAAGAGGAAUGUCUCAAGGACAGUAUGCCCAUCCGUAACAAGGGUUGUUACUCAGCAGUGGUGGACUACUUUGAGACCUACAUCUAUAUGGCUGGAGCUCUAGCUAUCGUGGUGCUGACCAUCGAACUCUUUGCGAUGGUGUUUGCCAUGUGUUUGUUCCGAGGGAUCCAAUAGUCCGUUCGCCGCUGUAAAGAAAGACAUUUCAAAAGGGAAAUGGCUUUAAAAAAAAGAAGAUGUAACAACUGUAUAUAUGUCAUCUCUGUGUUUUUGAGUUGGAAUUGCCAACAGUGACCAAAUUGUACUUCACAGCUGGAACUUUGAGGUACCGGAGCGUAGAAUGGAAAGCAUUACAAACAAGAGAAGCAAAGAAAAUUUCACUCCAGCAGCAGCAUCCUUCUGCAGCCCUUUAACCUGAGCGGAGGGAGACCUUGCACUGAUAUUUGGACGAGUAUUUAUAUAUAACAAUUAAUUCAUUUGUACAGAAAUAGUGUACAUACUUUACCUCCUUCACAGUUGCAUCCGAGCCAUACUAAAAUCUUUCCACGAUGGAUGUGUAUAUGUGUGUGCGUGCACGCGUGCGUAUGUGUGGUGGUGACCCCACCUUCUGUAUUGUAACGUGACGUGUAUUGGAAUAGUGCAUAUUUUAUGUGAUUUUAGGAUAUGUAUGCGUUUGUACUAGUGUCCAUAGUACCUAUACAUGACUUUGAUUGGUAUUAAACAUGAAAAUUCCAAAACUGA